AUGCGAUUUGGCUAUGUUAUCAUCACACUUGAGCUAACGGCGUCCACUGGCACUCAGCUCAUCGGGCUGCGCUCUACCUCAAGGCCACCAAUUUCUUAUUCAGCAGCGUCCUGCCACCUGUUGAAAGUUCCGAAGCCCGACUCUCCGAGUGUAAAAAUCUUUUGUCGAUCAGGUCACAUAACCAGCUCUCUCUCUCACGAUCAUGGUCAUGACGCAUUUCCUGUGAGCUCUGCUUCUAUAUACGCCACUUCUUCGUACAUCGACUCCACGUAUGCCGUACCAGUAUACUCUGCUCUUUCCCGCAUAGCAUCGCAUACUGGCAAAGUGGGUUGUACUCCUGAGGACUAG